UUUCCGUCAAGCUCAACUCAAUCAAGUUAGCUCCUGUCAGUCGUCGUGUUUGUGUGCAGUGUUGUGAAAAAUUAUUUGUACCGAUGAAUAUCAAUGGGAAAUCGUGUUGAUUACGGCGCCAAGCUAUGGCUCGAUUAUUGUGUUUGUGGCUUUAAAGCACCGCUCGAUCAGUGAUAAUGGCCGAGUGAUUAGUUAGUGCAGUGUUUUGUGUCGUAUGCUGGGCUGUCGCAGCAACAGUGAGAUCCUUUCUCUGGAUAAAUCGUCUGUACAGCGACGUGGGAUCUUAGUUCUAGAAGACUACGCACCAUGUCGGCGAAAAACAUCCCUGGAGACAAGAUCAACUUGCGGCUGAUCCUGGUGUCGGGGAAGACGAAGGAGUUUGUGUUCAGUCCCGUCGACUCAGCCGGUGACAUCGCGGUGCACGUCUACGACAAUUGGCCCGAAGCCGACUGGGCCUCUGAAUGCGUUUCUCGAGCCGAGAUCCUGCGGCUCAUCUACCAGGGUCGGUUCCUGCACAGUUCGGUGACACUGGGCGCGCUGGGGCUGCCGCUCGGCCGUACCACUGUUAUGCACCUCGUACCGCGCGAGCACCUGCCAGAACCUAACUCACAUGAUCAACGACAAAAGAGCAAAGGUGGAUCCAGCAGUUGUUGUUCUGCAUCUUGCUGCAUAUUGUAAUGCCCCCACUUGCGGGGCACGGGGGUACACGGGGUCACCGGCGGGGAGGGGGCACGGACUCAGUGUGUUCAGUGACGUAGAGUCGGGAUUCCAUUUCGCCCUAAAUUAAUAUCGUAGUUUUAAAUUAAAUCCGUAACACUUGCGAUAUUUUUAAAACGCCUCAAAUUUAAUUAAUUAGGGUCCUAGAUCUGUCAUUUCGCGGGCACGUUCAUUUUUAAGCUUACGUUCGAAUAUGACGCACAAAAUUAAUGUCUUUAAAGUCGGAGCACACAACGAGCGAUGAUAUUUAAAUUUAAAAAUAUCGCAAGCUAACAAUUGACUGGAUAUGCAUCUUCUAUGGAUAUUGGAUAGCUUUGUUAAGCGAAAUGUAAGUUUUACUGCGUAAAUUAAAAUCUGAUUAGAAGCGUUUUUGGAUGUAUGGGAUGGGUUUGGUCGGGAUGAGAAAAGGGGCAACAUCUUAACUUUUACAGCUGUGUUAGAUUAAGUAAUGAAGUUCAUUGGAUUUAGAUUGGACAUAACUUUAACUACUGUCUGUUUUAUUGAUCUCAGAAAUAAUAUAAUGAAUAUUUUAAAAUA